GUUUUUGCUCAAACAUGUAAACAAAGAUGACAUUUUGCUACUUUACCCAUUCUGAAAGUAAUUUACCUUAAAAGGUGUUUAGCUGUCCUGAUGAUGAUACUAUUGUUUUUCAGUGUUCUUCCAUCAACUCUAAUCGGCAAUCGCUACAACAAUUAGUCAAAAGGUGACUAUAAUGUCAUUAUUAUGUCAAUUAAAUUGGUUACUACCGGUUUCUUCAAUAUCUUGGCUUAUUUAUGCCUUGAUGCAGAAAAUUACCAAGUUCAGGUAUAAAAAUAGCUUCAAAAAUCAAGUAAUAUUUAUUACUGGAGCUUCUUCAGGCCUUGGAGAGGCUUUAACUAGAGUCUUACACAGAUUUGGAGCUAAGCUAAUCAUUGCAGCAAGGGAUAUAGAGAGGCUUAAUGAGCUUCGUGAUGAAUUAGUCGAGAUUUACCCAGAAGGAUAUCGACCGACAUCUUUAAAAUUAGACUUGACCAAAAUUGAUGAUAUUAGACAAAUCACUGAAUCAGCAAUAAAUAUACAUGGAAAAAUUGAUAUUGUGAUCAACAAUGCUGGGAUCGGCUAUAGAGGAACAAUAAUGUCAACCGACAUCAAGGUUUAUCAAAACCUAAUGGCAGUAAAUUACUUUGGACAAAUUGAAGUAAUUAAAGCAAUAACAGAGCAUUUUUUAGCGGUUGGUAAAGGAACCAUUGUUGGUAUUGGCAGUGUUCAAUCACAAAUAAGUAUACCAUAUAGAUCGGCCUACUCAGCUUCCAAACAUGCCUUUCAAGCCUUUAUGGAUUGCCUUCGAGCUGAAUUAUCUUCCAUCCAACCAGAUAUCAACGUAUUAGCCGUGAAUCCUGGUUACAUUAGAACUAAUUUAUCUUUAAAUGCACUUUCAUCCGAUGGAUCUCUUUACAAUCGAGUAGAUGAGACAACUGCAUCAGGAAUGGAUCCAAAGACUGUUGCCGAUGAAAUCUCCUUAGCAAUAUAUCAGAAGAAGAAAGAAUUAUUCUUGUCAACAUUUACUCAUAAACUAGCCAUAAUACUUCGUUACUUGUUUCCUAGUUUAUUUUUCAUUCUGAUGUCUAAAAGAGCCAAAAAAUUCGCUUAAAUAUUUAAUGUAUAUUUAUAAAGGUUAUACAAAUGUUGGUUUAGAUAUGAUUCAAUAUUUUUUUAACUUUGCUUUAACUGAUUAACCGUCCAUUUUAGCGCAACAAAUGGAAUAUAUAUUUAUGAAUUGUAAAAAUAUUUUGAAAUUAAGAAAUAUUAUGAAAGUCUGAUAGAUUGCAUUGCAAUCGUUUAAAAGCCCAAUGAUAACUGCUUCAAUUAAGAAACAUAAUAAAUCUUUUUAAAAUGUUAUA